UCCAGAUCACUCCUACUCCGUAGAUGCGACCCACAAAGAUCCCUCCCUCCUUCAGCGCCAACGUCAAUAUUUUGGCGGUCGAUCAAAAAACAUUUCGAAAUUUAAAGAUUUUAACCCCCCAAAAUCACUCUAAAACUUUUCAAACCAUUUCAAUUCCAGAAGAAAUAUACACCUCAACCAGAUCUUCAUCUUCAUCUUCCUCACACAAUCUCUCUCUCUCUCUCCAUCUUUGUUCAUUUUGCUUGAUGUGAUUCUCUUCAGAGACAACUCGAAUCUCAGUUACUUUGUCAGUGGUUCCUGCUCUCUCCCUCUCUCUCUCUCUCUCUCAAUAUUCUGGGCCAUUUCUGGAGAAAAUUAGGGUUCGAUUUAGGGCUUUUUUCUUCACAAUCGGAAUCUAAGUUUCGUGCGAAACCCAAUUUCACUGCUAUGGUGAGGAUCCAGAAAGUAGAAUCCUUUUACGCCAAGCUUCGCGAAUCAGCAAAGGAUUCACAGAACCCUCUUCUGAUAUUCCCUUCCUCAUCCGACGUGGACUCGAUCUGCGCCCUCAAGGUCAUCACUCACAUCCUCGAAUCCGAUUCGAUCCAGUACUCGUGUUUCCCCGUCUCUUCGUUUCUCGAGAUCCACAAGUACGCAGGCCCUGGGCUGUGCUCUUCCUCGGAGAGUCCCGUGACUAUACUUUUGAUUAACUGGGGCUGUCACCGUGAUUUGAGGCUCGUGCUUACGCUAGGUCCUAAGGCUCGUGUCUUUGUGGUGGAUAGUCAUAGGCCUAUUCAUUUGCAUAAUCUGAGCGAUGGUAAUGAGAGCGUUGUUGUUCUUCACACUGAUGAUGAUGAGAGGCAAGCGGAUUUAGCUUAUGAUUUUGAUGUCUUGAAGUUGGCUAAUGAGAGUUAUCAGAUGCAUCAAGAAAGUGCUGAUGUUGAUGAAAGUGAAGAAGAAGAGGAGGAGGAGGAGGAAGAAGAGAGUGAUGGUGAUAGUGAUAGGCCAAGUAAGAGGAGGAAGAUGGUUGGUGAUGGUGUGAAGCUUUUCAAGAAGCUGAAGAGGGAUUACUACAAGAUGGGGACUUUCCAUGGGAAGCCAUCUGGAUGCUUGCUCUUUGAGCUCUCUCACAUGUUGAGGAAGAACACUAACGAGUUGCUCUGGCUGGCUUGCGUUUCCUUGACUGAUCAGUUCGUUCACGAGAGGCUAACCGACGAGAGAUACCAAGCUGCGGUGAUGGAGCUCGAGCAGCACAUCAACAGCUCCGGUAACAUAGAUAAAGUCACUUCCGUUACUCUAAAAGACGGAACCAAGGUUCGAGCGCCGGACUGUUCGAGAAUCUCUUACGAAGAAGAGCCUAGGCUUAUGCUCCUGAGAGAGUGGAACUUGUUUGACUCCAUGCUUUGCUCCUCGUACAUCGCGACCAAGCUCAAGACGUGGAGCGAUAACGGGAUCAAGAAGCUUAAGCUUCUUCUAGCGCGUAUGGGGUUCGCGCUUAUUGAGUGCCAGCAGAAGUUUCCGUACAUGAACAACGAGGUGAAGAGGAAAAUGAAGCAAGAGUUUGAUCGGUUUUUGCCUGAGUAUGGUUUAAAUGAUUUCUACUACAGGAGCUUCUUGCGGCUUCAUGGAUACAGCUCAAGAGUCUCUGCUGCUGAUGUUGUCUACGGUAUUACAGCGCUUCUUGAAUCGUUUCUUGGUUCAGGUGGCUGCUCUGCUUCACAGCAGUUUGGAGAAGCUUAUGAUGCUUUGUCCUUGAACAAUCUUGAUAAGCUUCGGUCCGGGAUGCAACAAGCAAUCAAGGUUCAAAGAGCGAUUCUCAGACAAGGAAGUGCAGCAAUUACCAAGACAGGAUGCAUCAGAAGUGGAAGGAAGUUCAGAUGGGUGAAGGUUGAGGAUUCCAUUGACGCUAAGUAUUUGGGAUAUCCUCAGGCUUUGACUAAGUUCUGUUACUUUCUGAUGGAUGCUUUGAGGGAGAAAGGAGCUAGGAUGAAACCGAUGCUAUGUGCCUGCGCCUCUCAAGAGCUAGGGAAGAUACUUGUGGUUGGAGUUUGUGGGAAGCCGAGGCUUGGUGCGGUAAGAGGGAAUGCGUUUGGUAAUGCAUUUAGAAAAGCAGUUCAAGAGAGUAGAGCUGAUUACUUUCAUGAGCUGUUUGAGUCUUCGUGGAUCGUCUUAGAUGCUUCUGCUGUUAACUCUUUCAUGAUUAGAUUAACUGAGAACCUUUGACAUAUGACUCUCAACUCUCAAGGUAUCUUUUUGUUAUUCAACUCAGAGUGUUUUUCUUUUACCAGUUUACAGUUUAUUUAUCUCACAUUGUUUGGAAAUUUACGAGACUUUGUAAUACGCAGAAUCUGUUAUCAAUCAUGUAACUUGUUUAAUCAAAUAACCAAAGAGGUUUAUGUGGAA